AUGGAUAACGACACGCUGACUUUGUUUACGAGCCGGGGUCAACCACUCUCAGGGGCUGUGGUAGCUCUCUUUGACGCUGCACCAAAGCAAUGGCUUCCAUAUGCCAUAGGUCUAUUGAUCGGGUAUCCUCUUCUCGUCCGUUCGCUACGGUAUAGGAGAAUUCAGAAUCUCCAGAAGAAAUGCAACUACCCAACACGAGAAUCGAUGGCCAAAAUGACCGACGAGGAGGCGUUCAUGAUUCAAAGACAGCUCGGAACUUUUGAGUUCCCAUUCAUGUUCCUGAAGUCCCUGCAGUUCGCCUUAUUCCGGACAUAUGGCAUCCCAUCAAUCUCCCACCUCCUCACGAAAACAACCCAAUUCUCCAACCCUAAUACCUCUCUUAAGCGAUACACCGAUACAGCAGCUCUCGUCAAUGAGAUGGUAGGAAAUAGUCCAACAUCCUACCGCGCUUUCGUCUCCAUCGCUCGAACCCGAUUCCUACACAGUGGUUACAGAGCCAGUGGUAAAAUCCUCGAAUCAGACAUGCUAUAUACCCUUGCUUUAUUCGCUCUCGAGCCUGUAAGAUUCAUCGGGCGAUUCGAGUGGCGCGAACUCACUGAUCUGGAACGCUGUGCUUUGGGUACAUUCUGGAAGAGUGUUGGUGAUGGACUCGGAAUUAGUUUCGAGGAGCUACCAUCUGCUGCAUCGGGAUUUAAGGAUGGGAUUCAAUGGCUUGAGGAGAUAGAAGCUUGGAGUGAGGCUUAUGAGGAGAAGUAUAUGGUUCCUGAUGUUAAGAACCGGGAAACGGCGGAUCAGACGACGGCUGUAAUCGUUUACAUGUUACCUCCUGCCUUGCAUCCUAUCGGAUUGCAGUUUGUUUCUUUUAUGAUGGAUGAAAGGUUGCGCAAAGCUAUGCUGUACGACCCACCGUCACCAUUCUGGUCAUCUGUCUUCUCGGUUCUCCUUACUACUCGCAAGCUGUUCAUUCGCUAUCUCAUGCUCCCCAGACCUCAAUUCUUGAAGGUGAACAAUAUCAGCCAGCAACCCGAUGAACAUAACAAGUUCUAUUUGACUUCUUGGGAGGCCGCGCCUUACUAUGUCAAGCCCACUUUUUGGAACCGGUGGGGCCCUACCGCAUGGUUGACUUGGGCUUUAGGUCGUCCUGUUCCCGGUGAUGAGGGUGACAAGUAUUAUCCCUCUGGUUACCAUAUUCAGGAUAUUGGGCCCAAGUUCUUUGAAGGGAAAGGUCAGAAAGCGAUUGAGGAGACGAUGAAGGAGCUGGAGAUUACUCGAACAGGGAAGUGUCCGUUCCACUGA